AUGACCAAAGAUUGGAUUAAUAUCCAUAGACCACUUUUUGGAGCUUUUUUGGAGACUCCUAUUUUGGAGAGUAAUAAAGAGAGAAUUUUGAGAACUGUUCCGAGGGGAUGGAACUAUUAUGGGAAUUUUGAAGAAAACGAUUAUGGUCGUAUUGUUAUUGUUUGGGACCCGAGGGUUACUUUGGAUGUCUACACUGCAACAGCUCAAUCAGUCACUUGUGGAGUCACCAUUUUGUCGGAAAAUAUCACUUUAACUGUCACCUUCGUCUACGGGUUCAACUUGGUCGAGGAGCGUACAAGUCUCUGGGUGAGUUUGGCUGAGUUACAGGCUUCUACUCCAGUAUCAGAUCAUCCCUGGUGUGUCUUAGGAGAUUUUAACCAGAUGCUGCGGUCCUCUCAUCAUUCAAAUCAUCUAUCUGCACGCACCGACGAUUCUGGUAUGGAUGAAGCAAAUCUUGGUCUACAAGAUGCUCAAUUGUUCGAAGCUCAAGCUAAAGGACUCUCCUUUACUUGGAGGAACUAUUUUCUUGACCCCUCCCAGUCUGAUCAUGCUCUGUGUCUGUUCCGGAUGCCGGCUCAUACGCGCCAGGUUGUUAAACCAUUUAAAUUCUUUCAUCAUGUUAUAGAUCAUCCAGAAUAUGCAGAAACGGUAGGUGAAGCUUGGAACUGUGGGCUGAUACCGGGAACUGUUCAGUUUAAGUUGGUUCGAUCGCUAAAGAUGUUAAAGAAACCGCUGCGCAGACUCAACAAACGACACUUUAGUGGUAUUUUCCAACGGGUCAAGGCUCAGAAGGAAAUUGUCGAUGACCUGCAAAAGCGUUUGCUUACCUCGCCGGACGUGUCUACUGCUCGUGCUGAGCACUUGGAACGUGACAAGCUGAACUGUUUACUUAAAGCGGAGGAGAAAUAUUAUAGACAGAGAUCAAGGGUGAGAUGUGCUGAUGUUGGAGACCGUUACACGCCAUUUUAUCAUAGAGUAGUCGCUCAUCAUGCCUCGAAGAACCACAUUCAUUUCCUGAAAGACAGCAACGACAACUUGCUGUAUGCGGUGGAGGAUAUUAAAGCGCAUGCUGCUGAUUAUUUCCAAGGCAUUCUUGGCUCUAUGGAUCUUCCUUUCUCUUCAACCACUACCGAGGAACUAAGGAACCUGCUCCCCUUUCGCUGUUCCGAUCUACAGCAAAGCUACUUGAGCCGUCCUGUUACUGCUGCUGAGAUAAAGGCAAUUCUAUUUUCCAUGCCGUUAAACAAGAGUCUCGGGCCAGAUGGGUACUCUGUAGAGUUUAUAUGUGCAUCAUGGCACACUGUGGGAGAGGAUUUAACAAAAUCUGUCAGUGAGUUUUUUAGGAAUGGUCGGCUCCUCAAAGACAUGAACACGGCGGCUAUAGCGUUAAUCCCUAAGAAGACUCAAGCUUGUUCAUUAGGUAACUACAGACCCAUUAGUUGCUGCAACAUCGUCUAUAAGCUUAUCUCCAAAAUCAUUGCGAACCAUCUCAAGCCUAUUCUCUCGCAGUGUGUGAGUCCAAACUAA